AUGGCGACAGACGUGAGGCCAGUCAACAAUGCCGCCUACCGGGGGCGCAACAUGGAGCGCAUAUACCCGCUCAUUCUUUGCGCUUGUCGGUUUGUGCUCUCGCUAACACAGUUCUCGGUCGCCAUGGACACGUUCGUGCUGCUCAGGGAGAUGAACAGGAUGCCGGAGUACGACUACGACAUGUCGUUCAAUGACCUCGCCAGCACAGCGCAGGACUACGACUGGGUUCCGACGUACCCAAAGUCCGGUUCCAUGCCGUCGAACUACGGGCAAAACAAGCUGUUCAACCUCUUCAUCAUCAGGCUGACGCAUUUCCUUCACCGCCAGUUGGGGCAGUUGGUCAUCUAUCCGUCGACGCUAUCUCUGUUUUUCAUGACCAUUCUCAGCGUGUACGAUUUAUUCGAGUUCUUGCAGAAGCGCUGGUCACCCGUCAGAGUCCGGAGGUUGGGGGCUCUGAUGCAGAAAAUCUUCUACUACACCACGUUUCUUGUGAUCACGGUGCAGCUUGUGACGAUGAUGUACGAGAGCAGCGAGAUAUGCCACAUGGAGAUUUUGUACCCGUACCUCUUCCGUUUCCGCAGUAACACUAAGGUGCACCAGAUGCUGAUAGAUGGCGGGGUGCGUUCGCUGAAGGGUCGUCUGGUGGCGUGCAUCCUGUUUAAUCUGGGUUCGCUGGUGCCGGAUACGUACCUGAUUUUGGUUCGUACGCUGCAGCCGCUUCGUUUGUACGUGAUUAUUAACGCAUUGAAGGUGGCUGGUGGCACGCUGUUAUUCUCCACGUUCAUCACGAUCUGCAUCGUCAGAUACUUCAUCAACGCAGGGACAGACCCCAGGCUCUUUGCGGACGACACGCCCUCGCAGCUGAUGAACAAAGGCGUGGCUGUGGACCCGAGCGUCGCCAACACCUCCUUCAUUUCGGACAACCUUAAAUACCUCCCCGUGUACAAUCUCAAGGAUACUGUCUACUCGCGCGUGGCGCGCACCGUUGCGGGCAUGGAAAAGAACAAGCUGUCGGUGCCAGACUUCCUAAAGACGCCUGCCUCAAAACCAACCGAGGCGGCGGUUACCUUCCAGAACAAGCUGGCGAUAUACAACUUCAUCCGCAGCAACAUUGCGCAGGUUGUGACGACCUUGGAUGUUGUUUUAUACCAAUCGCUGUAUCUGACGGUCGUGUGCAUGGCGCUGGGUCUGUACGGGUUCGUGCUCGUCAUCAAGCGCCACAAGCUCAUUUUGUACGUCAACUUUAUGGUGGACGUCAUUGCCGCGUGCGUACACGCAUGUCACGCGCUGAUGCUGAUGUACGGGAUGCAAGUCGCCGAAUACUUCUGCGGGAUAGACGUGUACAUGCCUGCGGAGGGGACGCUGAGCCUGGGCACCAAGGCCGUCUUCACGUGGAUGUGCAGGAGCAAGGCCCUGUACAUCCUGAUGUUCGUCAUCGCAAUAAUAGAGGCUGCGCUGUCAGUCACGGACUGCGUAGCGCUAUAUCUUUUAUGGUGA